CAUGGCCUGCUACGACAGCUGCCGUCCCUGCGGACCCACCCCGCUGGCCAACAGCUGCAACGAGCCCUGUGCCCUGCAAUGCCAGGACUCUCGUGUCAUCAUCAACCCUUCCCCUGUGCUGGUCACCCUGCCAGGACCCAUCAUGACCUCCUUCCCCCAGAGCACCGUUGUGGGAUCCACCUCCUCGGCUGCUGUUGGUAGCGAACUCAAUGCCCAGGGACAGGCCGUCUCUGGCGGCUUUGGCUUUGGCCUUGGCUAUGGACUGGGCUACGGCUACGGGUUUGGAUUUGGCUUUGGUCUUGGCUAUGGGCUGGGAGGCCUGGGCUGCUAUGGCAGAAGGGGCGGCUACAUCUGCUGA